UGCGUCUCUGAUCAUGGAAUAUACAUUUGAAAAAAUCCAAAAACACAGCUGCUGAAAUGAUCCGCCAUGAAUUACGUUCGUCUCUCUCUCUCUAAUCAGUUGCCAGGCCUGUUGAAUAUUCAUACCGCCAGUUGUUUAUUUUAUUUUUCACAGUGCUGAGAAAUAAUUAAAACAAAAUGCGACGUGGUGUCAUUAAGGCACAAAAGAUCAAAAAAUACACAUACCUAAUUAGAUAUGUACCAGUUGCAGAGUGCGUUUGGCAAACAAGCCUCCCUCAGGUUGACUCAUUAGACGACUAAAUAUGUAAAAGUAGCUUACACUUCUCCCGCAACUGGACAAAUAUAUUUAAUACAGACAUCGUGUUGCUUAGGCGGUUGCAUGUGUUUAUGCAUCUGAUUUAAAUCAUUAUGCAUUUAAACCUUCUAAAAUCACAAUCUGCUUAAUGUUUUAGGGUUUUAUUUGAUAUAUGGUGAUUAGAGGAAGUGAGUUGUGUCUUUUGAAUGGCUGUCGAUAGUAGAUCGCUUGACAUUUGUUUGGUCCACUCUUGGUCUUUUGUCUUUCUGCUGUUGCUGCUCUGCCCCCCGAAGACUCCCCAAGUAUUCCCAAAAGCUUUUAUUCCUGCUCUCUUUUCCACCCUCCCCCUCUCUCUCUCCCUCUCUCUCUCCCCCUCUCUCUGUCUCUCUCUCGCUCCUUCUCCCUCCCCUCCCUUUUGUUAGAGCCAGCCCCUCAUCCACUCCCCUUCUCUCUCUUCUUUCUCUGCUCUCAGUAAAGGCAGUGCAAGGCGGAGGUGUUGUGGUGCUGUGAGGACACAGGCACUCUCUGCCAUUGUUUUCUGGAGGUAAAAAAAAAAAGAAGAAGCGUGGAGGUGGACCAAGUGUCAGCUGCCUCUUGCCUUCUCUCGUUCUGCUCCGGCACGCGCUCUCUCGCUCUCUCUCUCUCUCUCACGCUCUCUCACUCGCUCUGUGUGCUACGUCUCUCAGCCUGCCGCUGGUGAGCUCUCUCACUCACUCACUCACUCGCUCGCUCGCUCGCUCGUUCCGUCUCGCCGGAUGAACGGGGGCUUGCAUUGACACAGGGACUACCUGCUGCCUGGGGAAUUUCUGACAUGAAUACGGCGGGUCCAAAUUGUUGUUUUGGCUGGCACUGAAUAUUUCCUCAAAGGACUCACUGGAGCGAGAUUGGAGCCCCCAGGACACCAGUAGUGCUUCUGGAGGAAGAACUGAGGGGAAAGCAACGGAUGCAGGAUGAAAAGACAAACAGAGAAAGGGACAGAGGGAGUACUAAGUGGCUUCUUUUACCCAUGAAAAAGCAACUGGACUGAAUAAGCCAAGCACUGUUUGUGUGUGUGUGUUUGUUUGCUAUUUAAAACACAAACAAACAGCAGAAACCGCAGCUUAGCACUUGUCUGAAGGAGCCGCUACACGAAUAGAUCGCCUUGCUUUUUUUUGUCAGCGUUUCUCAACUCAAGUGACCUGCUCGAAAAGAAGGAGAGAAGAGAGAAGGGACACAAGGGGACUGAAAGCUCUCCUCGCCAGUGUCUUGUGCCGCUCGUUGUUUGCCGGCUCUGUUCUCGGAGAGCGUCAGCUGUGGCGUGCCUCUCAGUGACAGCCGCUCGGAUCUCGCUCUCCCUCCCUCUCUCGCGCUCUCUUUCCCUCUCUCCAUUCCUCACUCCACCGAUGGAAGGAUUGGUGCUGGCGGCUGCAAGAGUGGCUCUGUCGUACCUCUAACUUUCAGCCACACGCUGCUCUGUCCCUCUUCAACUUCACGGGUGGCCACGGUUCUCUUCUCUUUUUUAUUCUCUCUCUCUCCUCGGGGGAAGCAGGGGGCUUGUGUUCUGCAAGUGUACAAGGCAGGGGGGGGAGCCUGCUCAGGUUAUCCGAGGGAAGGAAUACCACGGAGAAAAAAUAAAGGAGUAGGGGGGAAGGAAAAGCCUUUGGGGAGCAUAUGGUUCAGCGAGCCGCGGACAGCUGCUGACUAUCUGUCGGCUAAUUGCACUACGGAAGCCCCUCACUGAAGGAGCCUUUCCGCACGCCCUCACUGUUGGGGGGCUUCAGCUGACGGAGACACCCACUCCACUCCAAUCUACAGAGAUAGUAGUGUUCUCUCUUGGAGUGUGAGCACGCGCGUUUGUGUGUUUGUGUGUGUGAGAAGUGGAGGCUGAUGACUGUGGCUGCACCUUCGGAGAGGGCACAGGACCGGCGACUCUGCGCUUAACACCUUUCGGGAGGCCACAGGAUGCUCUGCCAGCCCGGCAGCCGUUCCUGACACAUGGCACGCGGAGCCCGGCCUGGCAUCUGAGGGGCAACACGUUGGGCACGGACAGGUGUCACUGCCUGUGUGGGCAGGGCUACGAAAGAGGAGGACGAGAUCGAGGGGGGAGGAAGGUUUCGUUCAUAGGAGGCAUGUUUGUCCACUCUUUGUAAACAAGCAGCUCAAGCUUUAUUACUGAUUUACUCAGCUGCAGCAGGUCUGCUGUGUUUUUUCUUCUGUCUGUCAGUCUGUCACUGUAUGGAGUAAAAGGGACAAAGUGCAGGAAGAACACAAAGUGCCAGCAGGACCCCUGCCUGUGACUACCCAGCUGGGCUGCUGCUACGUACACCUGCAAACACGUAAAUACAGCGCAAUGGCAUUCUGAAGGCUUUUAGUGGAAGGUAAAGGGGAAGUGGGAGCUAAAGCAAGAUUCUCCAGCCCCCUUUUCCCAACCGUGGAUGUGUGAAACAGUGCAUAAUGUGUUGCCUGGAAACGGCGGAUAGUUUUUCGGUGCAUUUUCAUGAAAGGAUCCGUGCUCAAGUCCCCACAGAGCCUCACAGCUGGAGUUGUAGCUGAAUUUCACCGACCGGGGCCAUUUUUCUGUACUUUUUCCUCUUUCCGUCUCUUUUUGCUCUCUUUUUUCCCCUUCUCUUUAUCUUUUUUUCACUGAGUAUUUGGGUACCCACCCACCGCCCUAGUGGCGUUACCGGGGCAAACUGGAGUGGAGUAUGACCAACUGCCACUACCCCGCGGCUCCCGCGGAGAGGGACCGGAUGUACCAGCACAAAGUCUCUCUGGUGGUGCGCUACUUUAUGAUCCCCUGCAACAUUUGCCUCAUCCUGCUGGCCACCUCCACCCUGGGCUUCGCUGUGCUCCUCUUCCUCAAUAACUACAAACCUGUUCACUUCACGCCGGCCCCCCAGCCCCAAGAUGGCUGCAGGGGCAUGCUGUGCGGUUUCGGAGCCGUGUGCGAGAGGGACGCAACCGACCCCUCCAAGGGCGAGUGUGUGUGCAAGAGGACCACGUGUCCGUCGGUGGUGGCCCCCGUCUGCGGCUCGGACUCCUCCACGUAUUCCAACGAGUGUGAGCUGGACAAGGCACAGUGCAACAUGCAGCGACGCAUCAAAGUGCUGCGCAAGGGACCAUGCGCUCUGAAGGACCCGUGCAGCGAGGUGACGUGCAGCUACGGCAGCACCUGCAUCCAGUCCUCGGACGGCCUGUCGGCCAAGUGCAUGUGCCCGCUGAGCUGCGAUCGCCAGGCCGAGCAGCAGGUGUGCGGCAGCGACGGCCAGGACUACCGCAACGAGUGUGAGCUCAACAAGCAGGCGUGCACCAGCCAGAAGAACGUGCACGUGCAGCACCAGGGAUCCUGCGACCCAUGCAAGGACACCCAGAACAGCCUGAACUCGGCGUGCCGCGUGGAGCCUCGCACCCGCAAGCCCCUGACCUACAGCCCGCCCGAGUCCUGCGCCCCCGACCCCCAGCCCCUGUGCGCCAGCGACGGACACACCUACAGGAGCGACUGUGAGAUGCAGCGCACCGCCAUGCAGAAGGGCCUCGACCUCCGCAAGAUCCACCCCGGCCACUGCAGGAGGCAGGAGGACUGCCGUGAGGAGUGCAAGUUCAACGCGGUGUGUGUGGUGGAGCUGAUGGGCGCCCACUGUUCCUGUGAGCCCAUCCAGUGUGACGGCACCUACAAGCCCAUCUGCGGCAAAGAUGGCAACACCUACGGCAAUGACUGCGAGCGCCGCCGCGCCGAGUGCCAGGCCAAGGCUCCCAUCCCCAUCAAGCAGUCCGGACCGUGCGACCUGAACGUGCCCAGCCCGUGCGUGAAAAAGGAGUGUGAGUUCGGCGCGGUGUGCGUGGUGCAGGACGGCAAACCGGUGUGCGAGUGCCCCGAGGCGUGCCCCCAGGUGCGCGACCCCGUGUGCGGGAACGACGGCCACACCUACGGCAGCCCCUGCGAGAUGCGUGCCAUGGGUUGUGCCCUGGGGCGGGAGAUCCGCAUCCAGCACAAAGGACCCUGUGAUGAGCUGUGUGCCAACUGCUCGUUUGGCGCGAUCUGUGACGGGCAGACAAGCAAAUGCGUGUGCCCCACGGAGUGUGUGGACGCGCAGCAGCCUGUGUGCGGCAGCGACGGCACCACUUACGACAACGAGUGUGAGCUCAACGUCAAGGCCUGCACUGAGCAGCUCGACCUGAAGGUGGUCGCCCAUGGAGAAUGCAAGUCUUGUGGCAGCACCGUGUGUGGCUGGGGAGCCCGCUGUGUCCAGAACCAGUGCGAGUGCCCCCAGUGCCAACCGCAGCCUCAGAAGCCCAUCUGUGGCAGCGACCAAGUCACCUACGACAACGACUGCGAGCUGCGCGUCGCCUCCUGCGAGCAGAAGAAGAAAAUCGAGGUGCUGAAGCCCGGUGCCUGUGACGAACCAGAAUGCGGGUCUGGGGGAUCUGGCUCGGGAGAGAAUGGCUGCGAGCCUGACAAGUGUCGUCUCUUCGGCGGCUCGUGGGACGACGACGCAGAGGACGACCGCUGCAUGUGCGAGUUCAGCUGCCUCAACGUUCCCCACAGUCCCGUCUGCGGCUCUGACGGCAAGACUUACGCCAACGAGUGCGAGCUGAAGAAGACCAGGUGUGAGCGCCAACAGCACAUCGUCUUCCAGAACCAGGGAUCCUGCACAGCCUCCACCCAUCCACCUGAGCUCAAGGCGCCCCAGCACUGCAGUCAGACGAUUUACGGCUGCUGCGAAGACAACAAGACGGCCGCCCUUGGUGUGGGACUGGCCGGAUGCCCAAGCACAUGCCAGUGUAACAACUACGGUUCAUACGGGGGCACCUGUGACCCCACUAGUGGCCAGUGCUCCUGCAAGCCCGGUGUGGGCGGACUCAAGUGUGACCGCUGCGAGCCCGGCUUCUGGAACUUCCGUGGCAUCGUCACCGAGAACAUCAGCGGCUGCACACCCUGUAACUGUGACGCGGGCGGCUCUGUGCGGGACGACUGCGAGCAGAUGUCAGGCCUGUGCUCCUGCAAGCCAGGCGUCAGGGGCAUGAAGUGCAACGUGUGUCCAGACGGCAGCCGGAUGGGCAUGAGCGGCUGCGACAAAGGGCCAGAGGCACCUACGUCGUGUGAUGAGCUGCAGUGUAAAUUUGGAGCUUCCUGUAUGGAGGAAAAUGGACAUGCCCACUGUGAGUGCCCGUCCCCUGACUGUGAAGAGAAGGACAAGACAAAGGUGUGCGGUUCUGAUGGGGUGACGUACGCUGAUCAGUGCCAGCUGAGGACCAUCGCCUGCCGGCAGGACAAAGACAUCAAGGUGCAGCACCCGGGCCAGUGCACAGAACUCAUCUCAGAGUUGACCGCCAGAUCCACCACCCCCCCAACCAUCCCUCCCACCGCCCACGCCAAGGUCACCCCGCCGCGCCAUGGCGUUACCACCACCACCAAUGCUGCCACCGCUGUCACCGCCACCUCGCCCUCGGAGCCGGGCAGCAUCGUCCACGCCCUGCCGCCCCCCAGAACCACCGAGACAGUGGGCACCACGGCCGGCUUCACCACCCACAGCCCCACCACCACCCACCUCCAGCCUGCCCACUCCACCACCCCAUCCUCAGACGACGGUGCCCCCAGCACCACCAUCCGCGCAAGCGUGCCGAUCUUCGAGGAGUCAGGCAGCGGGCAGUCCAGCGGCGACGACGAGGACGAUGGCAGCGCCGCUACAGAGGAGGCAAGCGGAGAGGCGGAUCCAGUCGACCCCACAGCAGCGGUGACCACCAUGCCCCCGCCGGAGGAGCGCUCGUCCUGCGACAACACCCCCUUCGGUUGCUGCCCCGACAGCAGGACCGCAGCCAGCAGCCCUGAGGGCUCCAACUGCCCCUCCACCAUGAGGUUCAACGGGUUCCUGCAUCUGGACCAGGUGGAAGGCCAGGAAGUGUUCUACACACCCGAGAUGGAGGACCCCAAGUCUGAGCUGUUCGGGGAAACAGCCAGAAGCAUUGAGAGUGCUCUCAACGAGUUGUUCCGAAAGUCCGAGGUGCAGAAGGACUUCAAGAGCGUGCGGGUGCAAAACCUGGCCCCCAGCAACUCCAUCUUGGCCUUCAUUGAGGCUCACUUUGACCCAGACACCAGGUUCAGGGUGGAGGACAUCGAGGGGUCCCUGCUGAAGCAGCUGAAGGCAGCACGCGAGCCUGGCAUUGUGGUGAAGAAGCCAGAGGAGGACAACAUCAGCUUCUCAAAUUACGGCCUCUCAACUCUCCCCUACUUCACCACUACCACAACCACAGUUGCCGCGGCGACCACACCCACCACCACCACCACCACCAUGAUGCCCCCCUCUGCCGGCUUCACAACACGGCCCCUACCCGCCACCCGACGCCCCUACCCUGGCCGCCGAGCCACCACGGCGGCCCCCAAGGUCAACACCCAGCGCCUGGCCACCACCGCUCCUCCAGCCCCCGCCACCACCAAGACCACGCUCCUGCGCACCAGGCCCGUGUCACACGCCAAACCCCAGAAAGCCUGCGACUCCCAGCCCUGCUGGCACGGGGGUACGUGCGAGGACGACGGCAACGACUUCACCUGCAUCUGCCCCGCCGGCCGUGGAGGGGCCGUCUGUGAGAAAGUGAUCAAGUACUACAUACCAGCCUUCGGAGGCAAGUCCUACUUGGCCUUCCCCACCAUGAAGGCGUACCACACAGUGCGCAUCGCCAUGGAGUUCCGGGCCUCGGAGAUGACGGGCAUCCUGCUGUUCAACAGCCAGGUUGACAAGAAGGACUUCCUGUCCCUGGCGCUGGUGAACGGCAAAGUGGAGCUCAGGUUCAACACGGGCUCUGGCACCUGCACGGUGGUCAGUAAGGUGCUGGUCACGCCCGGCCGCUGGCACCAGCUGGUGGUGACUCGUACCCGCCGCAACGCCAUGCUGAGCGUGGACAGCGAGCCCCUCGUCGAGGGACAGAGCCCGCCGGGCACAGAUGGCCUCAACCUCGACACGGACCUGUUCAUCGGGGGCACACCAGAGGAGAUGGCACAAGAUGUGAGGGAGCGCACGUCGAUCUCCAACGGCCUGGUCGGCUGCGUCCGCAUGCUGGACGUCAACAACAUGGUGUACAACCUCCGGGAGAAGGGCGGCAACGUGCUGUACGGCACCGGGGUGGGCGAGUGCGGUAACAACCCGUGUCAGCCCAACCCCUGCAAGAACGGCGCCCUCUGCCAGGCCAAGGAAGCCGAGAUGUUCCACUGCAAGUGUGUCAACGGCUUCUCAGGCCCGACCUGUGCCGAUGCCCACAACCCUUGUGACCCCAACAAAUGCCACCGGUCCUCCCAGUGCCAGGUGCUGCCUGAGGGUGGCUACAAAUGCGAAUGUCCGAUGGGCCGUGAAGGCAAGCACUGUGAUAAAGUGUCUGAUCGCAAAGGCGCUUACAUUCCUGCCUUCACUGGAGACUCCUACCUGGUACUGAAGGGCCUGCAUCUCUAUGGACAUGACCUUCGUCAAAAGGUCAGCAUGACUGUGGUCCUCAUGGCCAAUGACUCCAAUGGCAUGAUCUUGUACAAUGGCCAGAAGACGGACGGAAAAGGGGAUUUCAUCUCUCUCUCUUUGAACGAUGGCAUCCUUGAGUUCAGAUAUGAUCUGGGCAAGGGACCAGCAGUCAUCAGGAGCAAAGAAAAGAUCAAAUUGAACGUCUGGAACACAGUAAACCUUGAGCGGGCAAACCGCAAGGGAGAGAUCAACACCAAUGGCAAGGAUCCGGUCAAAGGAGAGUCACCGAAAUCACGCAAGAACCAGCACACUGAUCUGAACCUGAAGGAAUCUCUCUAUGUGGGCGGGGCGCCUGACUUCCGGCAGCUUGCAAGGGCCGCCUCGCUGAAGGACGGCUUCAAAGGGGCCAUUCAGAAGAUCACUCUGAUGGGCACCACCAUCCUGAAGCCAGAAAACGCGCUGGAUUCCCGCGACGUGUCCAUGUUCAAGAGCCACCCGUGCUCCCAGGCCACCUGCCAGAACGGCGGCCGCUGCAACCCACUGCUAGACAGCUUUGAGUGUGUGUGUCAGCCCGGCUACAUGGGCAAUCACUGCCAGCUCGUGAUCCACGAGAAGUCCGCUGGGGAGACCGAGGCCAUCACCUUUGACGGCAGGACGUUCAUCGAGUACCACAAUGGCGUCACAAAGAGUGAGAAGGCCCUGCUGGUGAACAAGUUUGAGCUGAGCAUCAAGACGGAGGCCACGCAAGGCCUCAUCCUGUGGAGCGGCAAGGGCGUUGAGCGCUCCGACUACAUUGCGCUGGCUAUCGUGGACGGCCGCGUGCAGAUGACCUAUGACCUGGGCUCCAAGCCGGUUGUCCUACGCUCGUCCGUGCGCGUCAACACCAACCGCUGGAUCCGCAUCAAGGCCAGCAGGGCUCUCAGGGACGGCUCCCUGCAGGUUGGUAACGAGGCCGCGGUGACGGGGUCGUCGCCCCUGGCAGCGACCCAGCUGGACACGGACGGCGCUCUCUGGUUGGGUGGUUUGGAGGAGUUGUCUGCGGCGCGUCGGCUGCCAAAGGCAUACAGCACAGGCUUUGUGGGCUGUGUGAAGGAUGUGACCGUGGACGGUGUGGAACUGCAUCUGGUGGAGGACGCCUUAAACAGUCCUAAAAUAUUACACUGUUCCGCCAAAUAGCCGGUCACCGCCUCAUUCCCUCCGAAAAAAAAGAUAAGAAAAGAAAAGAGGAAAAAAAAUCGCCAUGUCUACUGCUGUAAUUAUUUUCUAUUUUUGUAUACUUUUCAUCGCUUUUUAUAUUGGGAAAAAAAUAUGUUGUUUUAAUUUUUUUUUCUUUUUUUUCUUUUUUUUUAUCUGCACCUCCAUGCGUAAUCCCCCUCACCCUGUUAAAUGCAAAUGUUGGUGUCAUGGUGUACAUGGUGUCACAAGGAAAAAAAAGUUGUAUUAUGUAUGUUUUGUUGUUUUAAAACAAAAAAGCAUAACCUUGCUCAUUACUUGAACAGUAACAAACGACAUUGGUGCUGUGGUCUUCUCUUGAUUGCCUUCUCUUGGUGCCAUAAUUCUCCAUGCAGUGCAGUACCUAGACAUUCCACUGGGCAGUUUUCUUCACUCACCAUUACUGCAUUCAACAGGCCAACCUGAACUGAACACAAAGUCUUCUAUAAGCUUGCUACACAGUGAUGCAUUUUCUGUAACAAAAAUCAAAUUGUGUCUAUGGCAGUGCUCCAAAUACCAACUUAGCUGAGACCAUUUAGACAGAUUUCUCACUAGUUGAUUAUUUUUGAUUUGUUAGUUCGUUGUUGUUGUUUUUUUCGUUUUUUUUCAAGGAUCGAAUCCCUCUCUAACACCAAACCUAACUGCAGAAAUGCUAACCGUGCGAGAAGAACAUAUCAUAUUAGCAAGCAUCAAUCACUUUGAAUUGUAAUUGAUGAAAUGUAAACAACGAAUGCAUCAUAUCCUAAAACAUGAGACUGUGAAUAUGGACAAAUAAUGUUUUAAUUUUUUUCUGUAUGGAUUGUUCUUCACAUGUGUUGUGCGUCAUAAAUUCUGAAAAACAGUAAAUCUACUAACAAACCCGUGUUGCAUGCAGCUCCUAAUGACAGAUUAAUUUUGCAUUGGUUUCAAUGUUCAGGGCAACAGUGGCUGUCGUGUCAGAGGGGAGAACACAGCAGUGGGUGUGCUCUGUAUUGGAAAAGGUUCCAUCACGUUCCUCUGAUUAAAAUAUUUGAUCACCUGAAUAAGAAAAAGUAUAUAAAUAUAUAUAUAAAUAUAUAAAUAUUUAACUUUUUUAUAUUUGUUGUUUGUUAUUCUAAAAGUUUUAUAUUUGUUGGACGAUUAGAGAAAAAAAAAUUGUGAGAGUUGUAAUUGCAACUCGCCAUGUGGAGGCGCUGUAGCACAGGUUGAAGAAAUCAGAGAAGGGAAAGCGUGAGAGAGUGAAUGAAACCUCUCUAGGGAGGCUAGAGCACUGAGAUUUCCUCAGAAUGUUCAGAUGUUACAUAAAGUCCUGAAGUGUUGAACAAUUCACAGCCGUUUUAUUAUUCUAAUUUCAAAUGCAAACAUUAUUUUUCGGAAUUGCUCUCAGCUCUUGCUGUGAAAAAAAGGGAUUAUGUAACACGUUAGGCCCUUGCAUUUUAGGACUGCCGCUGGAAAAACAGCAGUGAAAAUGAAUAAUAUUAACAAGCAAGCAUAUUACAAUAGCAAGUGAGAAUAAUGCAUGGGUUUGUAUUGUCAAGAUGAACUUUUUGUAACAUGUCUGUGGACAUAUGCAAUGCAAUUGCUCCUUUUGCUGGCCCAGUUCAAGAAUGAACACAUUUUCUCUGAGAAUACAACAUAUGUGACAAAGAUCAAACCUAUUUGUUCGAGGGCAUCACAGUCCUGUGAAAUAUAAAUUUGUAAUUACCCACCCCUGACUUUCCCCAUCAGUGAAAGAGACCAUUUUGUACAGCCUCACCAUUUUCCAUGUAAAUUUAACGAUGUGUAACUGUGGAGGUUUUGUUUUAGUAUAAUACACUGGAACCAAUUCUGACUCUGACUGUCUAGUCACUACACAUUUUAUGAUGUUCCUAUGUCUUAGGGGGAGGGGCGGGGUAAGGAGCCAUAAGGACAUUUUGUGGGGGUGUUUUUGUUUGAGUGGUAUUGAGGGGAUUUUCGAGGGUUCCACCUCCAAGGUCACAAUCAGGAACCUUCUCACGAGUGCGAAAGCUAGGAGGAACAUCCACGCAGCAUUGCGAACCAUGCACUGAGUCUGUCAGGAACGAAAAAGCAAUUCCAUCUUUCUUUUGUUUCCUCAGUUUGUUUAUUCCUUUUUUUCUGUGGACACACAAACAUUGUUCCUCAAAUGGUCCCGUCACUGAGCAUAAGAAGGGAAAUCCUGUGUGUGUGGUAGAACGUCGCUCAAAAGGACAAAAAGUAUGUGGGCUCGUGAAAAUGACCAGAAAUAUUAACAGUGGACGUCUAAGGAGGAAAACCUGUCGAAGAAUUGCCUUAAAUCAGAUCAUCACUCAAUGGUGACCAAACUGUGUUCCAUACUGUUCUGUGCUCUCACUUAAGCCAGUAUACUAGUCCCAUCCCCAUCAUGUAAAUUAAUACAUUUUGUUGAUAAUAAUAAUAAUAAUAAUAAUAAUGCAUAAUUCCAGAGGGCCUCGUUAAAAACAAAGAUAUUCUGGGCUCUGCAAAUAUACUAUUUACUGUAUAAAUAUGAUUUUCAGUUUCUUAUUUAUGUCUUCAUAUGGAUUUCCAGACUGGCCUUUGAAAACUACUGUUAUUGAGUGAAAUAUUACUGAAAGGCAGUGCACAGAAUGAGAGGGGCAUGAUGUUACCAUUACUAACUUUAUUACUUGUGUCUUGUGUUCCUACCACCAUGAAAUAAAGUGUAAAAAUCAAA